AUGCUGCAACAAAACAACCCCACAAACACCAUCACAUCGACUCCUUCGGUUGUUUCUGUGACUCUUUCUGCUCUCAAUUCCUAUCGGAGAGUACUUUAUGUUGGUAAUCUAUCACCUCAAGUAACAAAAGAUGUAUUAUUUAAUUUAUUUAUACCAUUUGGAGAAGUAUUGGAUGUUACAAUUCCAUCAGCAAUGAAUCAAUCCGAAACACUCACAGGAUCAAAACACAAGGGAUACGCUUUUGUGGAAUUUGAGCUUCCGGAAGAUGCGACAGAAGCUCUUGAAAAUUUAAACAAUAGCGAAUUAUGUGGCAGAAUAAUAACAGUGAAUUAUUCAAAAGCAAGCAAUUUAUCAAAAGAGGCCUUUUCCGAUCUUAACGUUCCACUGUGGAGCUUGAAUCAACAAGAGAAACCACCAUCCAACGAAACCUCUUCAUCCUCACCAUCCACACAACAAGAGGAAGCAGAGCCAUCAUCAUCAGAUACAACCAACCCAUCAUUAUCAGAACAUGAACCUACCCCUAAAAAGACGAAACUGUAA